AGUCAGCUGACAGAUGUUUGUCGGACCAGUUUACACAGCGUUACAAUAGCUUCAAAUCACCUAAAGGCAGAGAUACCUUAAUUUUGCAGCGUGGUACGGCAAUCCCUUCUUGCUUGCACAAUGAGUGCUGGCACACCCAAAUCGCUACCCUCGUCAGGGCAAAAAUCUAUACAAGAGAUCUGCCAUCCACUGUCUGCCGAAGAGUCUAUCCUUUCACCAAGCCCAGAUCUAGGGAAUACCAUCAGCAGCACUGGAGAGAAGGACUUGAGUCUGCCCAAUGGCAAUGCAGUGGACACCUCAAGCCCUGCCUCUUCUUCCUCUUUGCUGAACCGGUUACAGCUUGAUGAUGACCUGGAUGGAGAGACACGUGACCUCUUUGUGACCGUAGACGAUCCGAAGAAACAUGUGUCCACUAUGGAGACGUACAUCACUUACAGAGUAUCCACAAAGACGACAAGAACAGAAUUUGACCUGCCUGAGUACUCUGUGAGGAGGCGUUACCAGGAUUUUGAUUGGCUGAGGAGCAAACUGGAGGACAGCCAACCAACACACCUUAUUCCACCCUUACCCGAGAAGUUUGUGAUGAAGGGAGUGGUGGAUCGUUUUUCAGAGGAGUUUGUCGAGACAAGAAGGAAAGCUCUUGACAAGUUCCUGAAACGGGUAGCUGACCACCCAGUUCUUUCUUUCAAUGAGCACUUCAAUGUCUUCCUGUCAGCCAAGGAUCUGAAUAAGAGACAAGGCCUGGCGCUGCUGUCUAAGAUGGGGGAGUCCGUGAAAUAUGUCACGGGCGGUUACAAGCUGAGGGCGCGGCCUAUAGAGUUUGCAGCGAUGGGCGAGUAUUUGGACAUCUUCACACAGAAGUUGGGCACCAUUGACAGGAUAGCACAGAGGAUCAUCAAAGAGCAGUCAGAGUACCUGGUAGAGCUGAGGGAGUACAGCCCCGUGUACUCCUCAUGGGCCUCCUCCGAGGAAGAGCUGCAGGAGCCACUGGAUGGAGUGGCGGCCUGCAUGGCUAACUGCUGCAGUGGCCUGGAGGAGCUCACUGAGGAAAUGAGUGAGGACUUCCUGCCUGUGCUGCGCGAGUACAUCCUCUACGUUGAGUCCAUGAAGAAUGUUUUAAAGAAGCGGGACCAAGUCCAGGCAGAGUAUGAGACCAAGCUGGAGGCUGUAGCAUUCCGUGAAGACAGGAAGACACCAGUGCCCACAGAUGUGGAGAAGUGCCAGGACAGGGUGGAGUGCUUCAAUGCCGACCUGAAGGCUGACUGGGACCGCUGGCAGAACAACAAGCGGCAGGACUUCAGGCAGCUGCUGACCGGCAUGGCAGACAAAAACAUCCAGUACUACGAGAAGUGCCUUGCUGCGUGGGAGUCCCUGAUUCCGCUCUUACAGGACAAACAGGAAGCCCGAGCGGAUACGAACUGAAUCCAUGCAUGUGUGCCACCUGCUCUUGGGGUCGUGAACUGCGGCCACUGGUUGAGGUCGAGAGGGUGUACCCCACCGGACUGCUGGCUGCUGGGAACCCAGCUGACACAAGGAAGCAGGGGGAAGGGCUACAGAAGGAGCAGGCAGCACUUCCUCGCACGCUGAUUUGUAAAGUGUCUUAUUUGUGAAACCCUGUCCAAGUACCCCAGUCAUACCCUCUGGACCCUGUUUGGCAGCAAGAGAUUUUUUGCUCUCUUGUCCCUUGCAUAUCAAGUCAAACCAGAGGCAGACCACAGAAGGAUUCAUAAGGAUUCCCUGGAAACCCCUGUGGUGUAGAGGAGAAAAAGGGAAGUCAGCAGGGCUAAAUUUGUAGUUUUUAAGUAAAUGGCUGUUAGCUAUGUUUUUGUAAAUUCUGCUUGUCCCUAGCACGACUCCUUUUAAGGGUGCUGUAUUCGUGGUGGUGUUUGUUUGUUUGUUUGUUUUUUAAUUUAAUUUAAUUUUUUUAAUUUGCCUUCAGACCACGGAAAGAUGGUUCAAGGACCGUCCACACGCCUCUGACCAAAGACAUAGAGGAAGUUGAAGUUCUUUCUUUGUUUGUAUGUUUGUGUUAGUUUUGAGAACACUAUGGAUCUGGUACUAGGAAAUAGCAUCAGAAGUAGCCACCACAUUUAAGUUCAUAAUUUAUGUACUGGUUGUUAAAUCUGAAUGAAGGAUUUCUUCCAAGCUCUACAUGACCUCAUUAAAUAUUUAUGUUGAAAUAUAAUUACUCAAUUAUUUUGAGUUGUUCCGAUGAGGUCUGUAGUUGUUUACCACCAUGGGGGUGGGUGGGGGGAGUCUAAUCCAGUGUCCUGGGUUGAGGUUUGCAUGUUCAAAAAUAUGACUACACCCAGGUGGUGAUGUUUUUAAUUAAAGGUUGAAAAGUGGCUGCUAUGAAAGUUAAAUGGAUUUAAACAAGUGAGUGCAUUUACAAUCCCAUCUGAUAAGUAUAAUGACUCAGCACUUGGUGGGAUCAGCUGUAGUUCUGUAGUUUACAUUAUUUUAUACUAAGCAUUUAGACAGUAUUAAUACUAAUGAUGCUUAAAGGCUUUGGCCUAAUCCGGAUUUAGAAACUGGGUUUUCUGACAGAUCAGAAUGUUUCCAAUGUUUUCUCAGUGGAUGUUCCAAAGAGUUGUUCUCUGAGCUCUGAGAGGAGGCAAGUGUGAGUUAUGGUGAAUGCAAUCAGGAGGAAAUGUACGCACUCCAUUUAACCCUGAUGUCUAUCUUCAUGGGGAACUUGCAGAGAUCCACUUGAUACUAAUUUGUGGAAAUGUUCACUGUUGCUUCUUGAGUACACAAAUUAUACACCCUCCACAAAGAAUCACAAGUGAAUUCUGAAUUAUGUUUGAAAGCCUAAACAGACUGCUGCCUUAUCAAAAAGCAACCAUUAUGAAUGAAAGAACUGCAGAACUUUAAAAAGGGAAACUGCAUCUAGAGUCAGAGCAGAGUCACUCAACAUGGCCCUUCAUAAUGGGUCAUGGUGUAUGGGUAUUUACUUCUACCUGGCAAAGUACAACCUGAUUUUAUACAUUUGGUUUAGCUUGUUGUUUUAAAGAUGUUAAUUUGUCCAUGGUGGGAGGAAAUUCAUUUGAGUUUGGUAAUAAAGUCAGCUCUACAAUGUGACUCUCAAUGGACUGAUUUUGAGUUACUCUGGUUUUGUUGAUCUGUUGACUGUUGAUCUGUUUUGACACAGCGAAUCUAUACAAGCCUAACUGUCUCAAGGACCCCCCUCCAUCCAUUCUGUUCCACACUAUAUAUGAGUUUCCAGUUAGCUACUUGUAUUUAUCAGAACUUUGCUCACAGUACGCUGCUGUGUCGCCCUUCAGAUCCCACUGGUUCCUAGAAUCUCAUGACUGGGAGCUGGUUGUGGCUAUGUUCUGGCCUGCUCUUAUGCCAAGCUAAAAAGGCUUCACUGUCCAGUUGCAUGUUCUUAAGUAGACCACUAUAAUGGGUGCUGUAUUUUCUGUGCAUGUUCCUUGAAAAAGCCUCUCAUCAACUUGGUUGUCAGAACUCAACUGCAAAGUGCAGUGGAGAUCAAAUAAUGAGACUGUCGUCACAUCAGUGUUUUCUUCAGUUGUCUUUGCCUUCAUUAUAUAAUAAGAACAAGUUAAGAGACCUUACACCCAUUGUAAAUGGCAUUAAAAUGGCUCCAGAAUGCUUUAGUCUGUAGCAAGUUAGCUGCUGGCAGAGAAAUAAAAUAUGGAUGGGUUAGAGGUUCCUUAGAGCUUUGACCUUUACGUUAAUAUUGUUACAGCCAGUUGUUGCCAUUUUGCUGUAUAUAAACGGUAGGAUUUAGGCUGAGCUAUUUGGUUCUGCUUUAGCAUUAAAAGGCAAGCUAUGCUUAUAUGAUCUAUCCAAGAGGUAUGUAGAGCUCUCAUGCCAUCUGCUGGAUAAUUUGGUCUUGUUUCUUUUAGUUCCAUUUAGUUAUUCUUCACCUGUGUUUAUUGUUUCUGUACGUGUUUACAGCUCUUAACCAAUAUCACUUUUUGUGUUUAGGAGAUUCAAACCUUUCAGAAUAUAGUAUGACACCUUUAAUGCAUAACUAAUUUGUUCAGUGCAAAACAGAACAGUGAUAUUUGAUAGACACUCUAUGUUCACUUGUGUCAAAACCUUUCAUCUUAUUCUGUCUCUGUAAAUGUCAAGUAGUGCAUUUAUUAAUAUAAUUAAGGCAGCUACACUAUACAACAUUGCCAUUUUUGUGAAAUAAGGAUUUUUAAGAUUGUGUGUGUGUGUGUGGGGGGGGGGGGGGCUGCAGGAAUGCAUACAGUGUAGCCUAAAAUAUAGUGCAUGUAUCAAGACUGCAUUUACCAAUAUGGAAGGUGGCAAUGGCAUAAACUUACAAAUGGACUUGCAGAAACUGAACAAAGAAACUGGAAUAAUGACCAUUUGUCAUUAAUUUUUCAUAAGCAACCAUGUGUUAAAAAACCAAGUGCUGUUCUUUUUAUUUUAUUGUUUUAGAAGCUCCACUCUUACCAUGAUUGCUAUGGAAAGCAUCGUUCACUUACAGACUGGGUAUGUUAAGGUCCACAUGUAGCAUUUUGGGAUGAAUGAAACUUCACAAAGGGGGAAAUUAAACUGCAUUGUACAAACUUCUUUUUUGUGUGUGACUGAGCAGAGACCUCCAAACCAACGGGUCAUACGGGAAAGGUUGACUGUGGGACUACAUCUUUUGUAUUAUGAAUCCAAAUUAUAGACCCCACAAAAAGUUUUUCUUCCUAAGACCCCUUAAUUUCCCUUUGUGUGUUGUUUACUUUAAUAUUGAUGUAAAUCUUGAUGUUAAAAAAAAAUAGCUUGUAUGAUGAUGUUUUCAUGCUUAAAUCUUUAAUAGAUUUAAAUAUUGAACCAAUUAAAAAGGAUUGAUGCCUGU